AUGGGAAAUGCAAAAGAGAUAUGGGAAGACAAUCGUGUUUAUUUCAGUGGUCGUUCAACAUCAACCGCACCAGAAAUCACCGAUCCUUUAGCUAUUUUACUUGAGGCAAGAUUUGAGCCAUGUCAGGUGUGUGGAGAACAAUCUUCCGGUCUCCAUUGUGGAGCAAUAACGUGCGAAGCAUGCAAAAAGUUUUUUCUCCGAUCGAUUAAUGGUGAAGAUCAAAAAUACAAAUGUGUGAGAAAUAAAGAUUGUAUUAUUACACGAAAUACGAGAACACAAUGUCAAUACUGUCGAUUUCAAAAAUGUAAAAUGGUGGGAAUGACGGUAAAAGUUUUAGGUGGACUCGAAACUCAGCAAACACCUCGAGUUGCCGAUAUCUUCGCUCAAAUAUCGUGUUAUGUUUGUAGUGCAUCAUCAUCGGGCAUACACUUUGGAGCAAUUACAUGUGAAGGAUGCAAGGACUACGAAGAGCAAGUAGAUAAACAAAGUAAAGAUCUCAUAUUGAGUGUGCACGCAGCAUACAAAGAAACUAUGGAGAAUUUAUCCCAUUGUCAAAAUAACGGAGAUGUCUGGAAUAAUUGUAUGAAUCAAUUUAAAAAUUAUGCCAAUCGAUCGGUAAAAUUUGCCACUCGCAUACCCGGUUUUAUGAAUAUAAAAAGUGUCGAAGAUCAAGUACAAUUAGUUCAAUCUUCUAUACAUAGUGUUGUUAUAAUGACAUUACAAAGAGUAAAUUCAUUCAGUUGGAAUUAUUUUAAUGCUGAUGAUCAUAAAUUAAUCAAUCAAUUACAUCAACUAUUUCCAUUUAUUAAACGUAUACAAACAGAUGCGGAUAAAAUUCAAUCCUAUGUAAAAUUUUUAAAAUUAGAUGAAAAAGAAUUUGCUUUAUUAUUGUCAUUAUUAAUUAUGUCAACAGUCAAUAUUCGAUCAGAUGAUUUUACAUUAAUUGAUACAGCACAAACAGAUUUAACAUGUGCUCUAUGCGAUUAUAUGGAUUGUAAACGAGGUCUAAAGAGUAAAGAUUUUUAUACACUCAUGUUUCUAUUACCAUCAUUGCGAAAAUUGAAUACAAUUAUUCAAGAAGAUAUUCGAAAUGAAAUACCAAAAGAUAUUGAACUUCCAUCAUUUUUCUCAAGAGUUUAUCUUAAUGGACAAGGACAUGUAAACAGUAAUGAAUAA